AUGGUAAAUAAACAUAUUAUUUGUGGCUCAGUCGUAUAUUCAAUGGUAGGCGCGCCACAGUUGGAGAGUUGCCCUGGCACUUGCCGCGCUACUUGUACCAUAACCAUUUACCCUGCUAUUCUAAACUUAACAAAUCCCGGCCAUGGUUAUCAACCCAAGAGAUUUAUAUUGCACCCGGGGUUUGAGAUAAAUAAAACCAAUUCAGACGAUAUGGCACUCAUUGAACUGAACACUGCGCUGGACUUCACGGCCCCGAAGGGCUCACACUAUCGGCGGGUAAACAGCGUUUGUCUCCCGAAAGCAGACAUUUAUAACACUAAUAACGAGUACGCUUUAGUCGCCGGUUUCGGUGCAAUGAAUAUUACAAAACAUUUGGCCGAUUGGCUGCAAAUGGGAUGGAUUAAGAUUUGGAAAAAACUGGAUAAACAUUUUGAUGAUUAUGUUCUUUAUUGA